CAAGUCUUACUUUGGCUACAAUCUUCUCACCGGAAAGAAUUGACAGAGAUAUAAUCCAAUUCUCCAAUUUCUGCUGCCCACAACCCACUUUUUUCAAUCAUGCAGGAGGCGCCGCCGCCGCCGAUUACACAUCAAUUAAUCAGGAAUUCCGUCGAAGAAUCACCGCCGUCGGCUGUUACCCUGCUGGUUCGGCAUCUCCCGGAGGCCAUUCCCCACGACACUCUUACCCGCCUCUUUUCCCACUACGGCGCCUCCUCUGUCCGCCCCUUUUCUCAUGGACGGGUGAAAAAUUGCGCUUUUGUUGAUUUUAAGGAUGAAUUCUCAGCAUACCAAGCACAGAAGCAGCUACAUGGGUUGCGAUUUCUCGGUAAAGUCAUGUCUGUAGAGAGAGCUAAUAAAGGUGAGGGGACUAAGCAAAAAGAUAAUGAAAGAGAGGUUAGGGAGGAUGCUGCCUCUGUGGUGAAAGAUGUUUCUGUCGGGAGUAGUACACAUGCUAGCGAACCAAUUGCACAAAAACUUGGCAUCGAAUAUCCAUUUCCGCCCCAUCUUGAAUAUGCAUAUCCACCACCUGAUGGUAACAUCCUCACAAACAUUGUAAAUGCUCUUAUUGCAGUUCCACGAUUUUACACCCAGGUUUUACAUUUGAUGAACAAAAUGAAUAUUCCCGCUCCAUUCCGGAAGGCAUUACCUACUCCACCUCUUCCAGAAUUUCCAUCAGCACCACCACCUCCUCCACCAUCCUCUAACAUGGAAUAUUUGUCCAGUAGCGAGUCAGAAAUGGAGUCUUCAGAUGAGGAAGUCAGACAAGAGGCUAGACCUAAGCGAAAGCGUGCCAAGAAACAAGCAAUUGUUGGACCUGCUGUUGACAAGGAUGUGGCUCACGAGGCUGUUGGAUUGAAACAAGUUGCAUUAGUUCCCAAAGAGAAGCCUAUAAUAAAAAAGAAGAACCCUGUAUUGCAGAUAAGAAUAGCACAAAAACAAAACCAACCUGAAUUACAAGAUAAUGACUCUGCAAAGGAGUUGCAAGAACCAAUCCCUGAAUCUUCUUCUCGGGAAACUUUUGCAACUAUAGAGGAACUAAAUAAUGGAAAAUUGCCUCCUGAGGAAAUCUUAUCGCUCCCUAAAUUUAAGAAUUAUACUGCUGGUGAUCCUACUCCUGUGCUGUACAUCAAGAACUUGGCCAAAGAUGUGGUCGUUGAUGACUUCUACUUUAUAUUUGGGUCAUUUUUUGGGAGCAUUGAUGCUGCCAAGUUCAAUCUUACUGUGAAGUUAAUGCAGGAAGGAAGAAUGAGGGGCCAAGCCUUCGUCACAUUCCCAACAGUCGAGCUUGCUCGUAAUGCCCUGAGCGCGGUAAAUGGUUACGUAUUUAAAGGAAAGCCCGUGGUGAUUCAAUUUGGGAGGAGCCCUACCGCUGCUGCUAAACUCAACUAGUUUUCGGGUCUGGAAUUGCAAGGGCCAAGAGAUUUUGUAGUUGAUAGUUUGAACUGAGCAUAGUUUUUGUUUCUAGCAUCUAUCUAUCCAUAUAGCAGAUUGAUUGGUUGCCAUGAAAGUUUGGAGGUGCAUAUUUGUUGAUCUACUA